CUUGGAUAGAGGGAUAAAAGACAGUCCCUGGAUUCAGUCGUCGCUCUCGUCUGCAGGAUUUACCAAGCCUGUAUUUUAUCCUCCCUCUUGCCUCCUUUCACCUCUUCUUGGCACUGGACUGCAAGCUUUUACAUCUCUCCGGCUGUCCCGUCUCCCUGUGUGUGUGUUCGUGUGUGCGCGUAAGAAAGAGUCAGAGGAAGCACUCUGCCUUUGCUGCUUUUUAAAAACGAACAGCGAGAGUGUGUGUGUGUGUGACCCUUCGCCCAGAGGGAUCAGGAGCGAGAGCUAGGGGGUCGAGAGCGGGGGUGUGCUCAGGGGGUUGACCCGUGCACCGCUCUGUCUGUGUGUAUCUGUGUGACUGUCUGUGUGUGUGUGCAUGUGUGUGUCCUAGCUGGCUGGGCGGUCCCAGCCUCACGCUUGGUUAGCGAGGACUAGAGAGCAGGGAUGACAGGCUGAGUCCCAGCCCAGCUUCCCCACACACAGAUCCUCGUUUCUGGGUGGCUGUGAGGGCACAGCCCCUCUCUCGCUCAGUCAUCCAGGACAGGAAGCUGCCUACACAUCUCACACAAGUUCCUCUCUCUUCAUGACUCUUAAUCAGUAACCAUGUUUGGACUAAAAGCACCACUUUACUACUUGCCAGGCAUGAGCCAUGAGCCAAAGUCACCAUCGUUAGGAAUGAUCUCUACGGCAACCCGUACCACGGCGACGGUCAGCCCCCUCACCCCGUCGCCCCUCAACGGCUCCAUCGUAGCCAAUGGAAGCCCGGCCUCCCAGUCUGCUCACUCUGGAUUUGCUGCCGCCCUCCGUAAACUGGCUAAACAGGCCGAAGAACCUCGAGCUGCAUCUUCCAUCAGCAGCGAGUCCUCUCCAGUAUCCUCCCCGGCCACCAACCACAGCUCUCCAGUCAGUACGCCCAAGAGGGGUCCCCUCGGUCCAGGGCCUGUCCUGGUUCCCCCCACAGGCCACAGUGUGCCAAACACUCCACCUGUAGUCACCAUUGCUCCAACAAAGACUAGCAACGGCCUCUGGAGAACAGAGGGACGCCAGGCUGACUCGGGUCCUCGUGGGGCCAGCAGGGAACGUCUGGGUGCAGAGGGGGGCCUCCCCCAGGAGAAAGGUGGCCCCUCAGUCCCUGCACACCUCCUGGGAAACCCCUAUGCCUUUGGUCUCUCCCCCGGCGCUGUCAUGCAGGAUUCUCGUUUCCAACCACUUAAUCUGCCUAGACAGCUGCCGCCCGGACCAGUACCAGAAGAGUACCUCCGCGGUUUCCGGCCCUAUGCCACGUCUGAGGAUGCCCUCCGCAUGCCCUCUUUGCCCUUGGGCCUGGACCCUGCCACUGCAGCUGCUGCGGCUGCCUACUACCACCCCAGCUACCUGCCCCACCCUUCCUUCACGCCAUACAGGAUGGACGACCCGUUCUGCCUCUCUGCUUUGAGGUCACCUUUCUAUUCGCUGCCAGCAGGGGGAGCUUUACCCCCCAUGCAUCCCUCUGCUGUUCACAUGCACCUACCAGGGGUCCGUUACCCUGGGGAUUUUACACACCCUUCACUGUCAGCACUGCAGUCCGAGAGGCUUCAGCUGGAGGAUGAGCUGCGGCAGAGAGAGAGGGAGCGUGAACGGGAGCGUGAAAAGGAGAGAGAGCGGGAGGCUGAGAGAGAGAAGGAGCGGGAGAGAGAACGAGAGCGGGAGAGGGAGAGAGAAAAGGAGCUGGAAAGGGAGAGAGAGCGCGAGCGGGAGAGAGAGCGUGAGCGGGAACGAGAGAAGGAGAGGGAGAGAGAGAAAGAGCUGGAAAGACAGAAGGAGAGAGCACUGAGGGAAAAGGAGCUGCAGGCAUCCAAGGCCAUGGAGAGCCACUAUCUGGCUGAGAUCCAUGCCAUGAGGGGGCAAGAGGAUAGAACCAAGCCUGAGAGACUCACCCCCGAAUCGGGCUGGUAUGUGUCGUGCUGCCCCUAUAAAACCAAAGAGCCCGUCCCUCCAGCUCCUAAACCAGUCCCGCCUGGGCUCCACUCUGCAAUGGUCCAACAACAUCAUCCCGUCCCUGGUCUAAUCUCCGGCCACGGCCUCUACAUGGGGCCCAACGCUGUAGGGGCAGGGCUCUCAGCCUCACUGCUCGCUCAGAGGGCCAAUGAGGAAGAGAGGUGGUUGGCACGUCAACGCAAGCUUAGACAAGAGAAAGAGGACCGUCAGUACCAGGUGUCUGAGUUCCGCCAGCAGGUUCUGGAGCAGCACCUGGACCUGGGUCGACCAGGUGACACAGCAGAUCACAGGCCAGACUCACACAGAUCAAUACCAAAUCACCAUGAACCAGGAAGCCGGGACCUACACCCUCAACUGGGCGCACCUCCACCCCUCAUAUCCCCCAAACCUCCUCAGCCCCUGCGUGACCACCACCCUCCACCUCCCACCACCCUGUGGAACCCUGCAUCUCUCAUAGAAACAACCUCAGAGUCCAGACGUAACCACGAGCCCUCAGGGAUGGGACACUAUGAGCUUGGUCGACUGCCCCCGGGGCCCUCCAAGUAUGAGGAUGUCGCACGGCGGAGAGAUGGGGCAGCCAUGGAGAAGUAUCCCCCUCUAAGAGGCCCUCCAGGCCUGCCUGAGCCCAGCACGUUUCUUGCUGAUCUGGAGAAAUCCACUCAGAGCUUCUUCAGCCAGCAGAGGGCGUCGCUGUCCCUGACUAGUCAGUAUGAUUUGGAGGGAGCUGUGAAAAGAGGAGACGCUGGACCAAAGAGCCUGCAGGGACACCCAGGACACAGUAGACAUGGACAAGGACUAGGACUGGCCACUGGGUCAGGGAUAGGACAGGUAGCCACACUGGGGAUGGGUCCGGACACAAAACUGAUCUACGAUGAGUUCCUGCAGCAGCACAGACGGCCGGUCAGCAAGCUGGACCUGGAAGAGAAGAGGAGAAGGGAGGCCAGGGAGAAAGGUUACUACUAUGAGCUGGAUGACUCAUAUGAUGAGAGUGAUGAGGAGGAGGUGAGAGCACAUCUCAGGAGAGUGGCAGAGCAGCCACCACUCAAAUUGGAUGACUCGACAGAGAAACUGGGCUUCCUAGGCGUGUUUGGCCUCACCACUGUUGGUCGGCGGGAGGAGCUGGUGCAUCAGAAGAGAAGGAAGAGGAGGAGGAUGCUCAGGGAGCGAAGCCCAUCACCGCCUGCCUCGCAAUCCAAACGCACUCCUCCUCCUCCUCCCCCUCCCCACCUCAGCACACGCUUCACUCCAGAGGAGAUGGACAAAGCUCCAGAGCUGGAGGAUAAGAAGCGGUUCCUCACAAUGUUCAGACUGUCCCACGUCACUGUGCAGCAGAGGAGAGAUAAUGAAAGGGUAGUGGAGCUCCUUCAGGCCAUUAAAGAAAAGAGCGUAACCUUGGAUACUAUCAGGCAUGCCCCUCAGCCGCUGUGUAAGAGCCCUCAAGCACAUCUCUCUGAUUCUACAUUAGCACCGCCUCCCUCUGAAUCAGAAGACCAUCACAGUGUCAGGCCACACAGCCCCUCCUCACAGUGCCCGGCAUCCCCCAAUGGCCAUCCAAAACCCCUCGGGGAAACAUUAAGACCAAAGGAACCCCCCUCUCCAGCUGUCUACCCAGACAAGGCUCGGGGGCCCAGUGAGGGGCCGAUCUCUAAGAGGAGCUCCAGUCUGCUGAACAGCUUGCGGCCCCCGCUCCCCCUGCAGGCGAAGGAUGGGCUUCACAGCGUCAAUGGACGCACCAAACCUUGGGACAGCUUCACCCCGGAGGAAUUUGCCCAGCAGUUCCAUGAAUCUGUGCUUCAGUCCACCCAGAAAGCUCUGCAGAAACACAAAGGUGGAGCUGCGGGAAUGUCGGAGUCGUCUCACCUCCAGGAGUCGUCUGUUCACUACAACAUUCCAGAGCUUCAGAGUGCUCCCGGCAGACCACCACAACCUCAUUCACAGUCUCACACAAACACACAUUCAUUUCCACAUCCACUGUCACACUCUCACUCUCAGCCCAACGGGCAGCACUUCUCUGUACAACACCACCGGGAGGCCUCUGGGACGAGGGAGGACCUGUCGGGCCCAGAUGACUCUGAAGAGGAGGAGGAGGAGGAGGAAGAGGAGGCUCCUGCUUCAAAGUGGCAGGGGAUUGAAUCUAUAUUUGAAGCAUAUCAGGAAUAUGUUGAAGAGCAAAGUUUGGAGCGACAAGUGUUGCAGAGUCAUUGUCGAAGACUAGAAGCUCAGAACUACAACCUCAGUCUGACUGCCGAGCAGCUAUCUCACAGCAUGGGGGAGCUGAUGUCCCAGCGACAGAAGCUCGCGAUGGAAAGGGAGAAGCUACAAGCAGAGCUGGAGCACUUCAGGAAGUGUUUGACACUGCCUCAGACACACUGGCCAAGAGGUGGCCAUUACAAGGGCUACCCUCCCAGGUGACCCCGACACGCCCACCUGUGGACCCUAGGCCCGGCCCAGCUCCCCUUUCAGACUUAAACCCAGAGUUUAUUUUUCACAGCCCUGUCCACAUGGCUCCAUUGAGUAGAACAUGGCUGGCUGGAAAAGAUGAAUGAGUGAAUAAAUGAAUGAGUUGAGUGAAUGGAUAGAUGGAUGAUGCAGGACCAUACAGUGAAGGACGGGCAGUCUUUUGGCCAGCCAGGGACUGUGCCUCGAGUCAAGAAAGUGUGCCAAUGUAGCCAACCCCAAGAUCAGGCCAGGAGCACCUGAAGAUCAACCCAAGCACACACAAAGAAACACACAUGCACCUGCUUUACACUGCGUCUUCAGUCCCUGCUGCUCUGCUGUUCGCUCCCCUGCUUCCCUCACCGCCACAGCUACACAGACAAUCCUGCCAAUGAGGGAGCAGCCGCCCCACCAGAGGACAAGAGACUUGAACGCUCCAAAGGCUUCUGGCCAGUUGGGACUGAGUUUGUCGCAGUGGACACUUGAGCUUUUUGAACUGGAAAUGCACUUAUGUAUAAAAGCUGAAGAACUACCUGGUGGUACUGUGUUGCAACAAAGAACUGUUCAAAUUAGGGAAGAACUUAGAAAAUGCACAUUUUUGGAAAGAAUUAAGGAAAUGUUUUAUUUGGAAAUAGAAAAUUUGAGAAUAAGAAUUUUAAAAGGUGCUUCAGCCUUGUAUUGUACAUAAUAUGAAAACUUAAAAGAAUUUUGUAUGUUUUUAUUACUUUAAUCAUUUUUCUUUUAAAAGAAAAAAAGCCUGCCAUUUUUAUAUGUUUAUGCUUUUUUGGGGUCGGAAAAGAAAGCCUUGCUUUUAGUGUUUGUACUGCUGCUGGCCAGAACAGCUCAUUUUGAGACAUUUAUCAGAGUAAGAGGACAAAACAGGAAAACACACUCCGCCUUUUACUCCCUCCCAACCCAUCCACAGCCACCGCAUAUGGCAUCUGGAAUCAGCAAUGUUCACCCAGAGGUCCUGAAACACAGAUUCUGCCCCCUCACCCUCUGCCAUCACAGUAACACGUGUCUCUGUGUGAAUGCCUAUUUGAAAAACCCUCUGCUCAGAUUCACCACGCCUGGCAUGAAAGGUUUGCUCAUUAUUAUGCAGAAACCAGAUGAAUUCCACAGUGACUUUUUUUUUUUUGUAUUGUGUUUAUUUACUUUGACAUACUUGAGAUGAUUCUUUUGUAAAGACAUGAAGAGUCUAUUAAGCAGCCAGAUGAUGGAUCUGGUUCUUGAUGCUUCAUCCUCCAUUGGACCUGUCACUUGACUUUUUUCUCUUUUUGAAAUGGACUAUAACAAUAUGAAGGUUUGCAUGAUGUUACGCCUUACAUGCUCAAGCCCGUUUUAGCAGCCAUUAGAGGAGACGGUGCCAAAAUGAAAAACUGCAGCAUUUGGAUUUUUAAUUGAGAUUAUGUUGCAAUAAGACAGCCAAAAAUUCACACCAGAACGGCCAUCUUCCUCUGCUGAAACCCAAUUUGAAGACUAGCAUUAAACAAAGUUGCCAACAUUUUACAAAUCACACAAAUUGAAUGCUCAAACUGAGCAUUUCUAAGAAGCUAUUAAUCAGUAGAAGUUUCAUUUACCUGGCCUCAUACGUGUUUACAAUCUCUGCCUGCCCUUCAUCCUCCUCUUCAGAUCUGUAAGACACCAUUUUUACACUGAUAGUCUACCCUGUAGCUCAUGUUGCCUCAGCUUCAAGGUGGUAUUUGCAUUUGGAGACUUCCCCAAAAGCGCUCUAAAAGAUGUAUAGCAUGGUUAAAUGAGAGGGUUUUACCCUGAUUGCACAGGGUUUGGUGGAAUGGUUCAUGUGAACAUGUGGGAGAUUUCAAAGAAGUUAAAUUAAAGCUAAUUGACUUUGAAAAUGUGCAUAAAGUUUCUUUAUGGAAAAAAACUGAAGCACAACCAGCCCUACAAACAGUUCAGUGAUUACAAGUGCCUCAGAGAUUUGGGAAUGACUGUAGUCUACAUGUUGGGAUAGUCUACACUUAGCAUCAGUGAUCAGGGACUUAGCAUUUUCAAGUGUCUAAUGUAUGUCUCACACCUUUUGAAUAUGUGCAUGUCCAGAACCCACACAGAGCUCCUUUUAUCUGAAAGCAUCUCCCAGAUUCAAUUCACUAGGCCCAAACCAGUUCAGACGAUCAGGUGUAUCCAGAGCGUAGUCUGUCAUUCUUACAGAGCAGAAUUAGUGCAGCCUGUCAGUUAAUGAGGGGGUCCGCAUGCUGAGGUAAGCUGCCAACAACCAGAGGUGGGAGGUCCAGUACAGCAAGCCCCUUAACUCUGCCUCCCUGUGUCUCUCCAGCCCACGCACGCUCAUGCAAUAGCCCCAUUACUCAGUGGAGGAUGUCUAGAUGCUGUGAAAUCCUGUUUUUAAAAUGUACUUGUUUGAAUUCAUUGUAAUGUAAUAUAUUCUUUGUUGAAUGUAGUAAUUAGGUAUUUAUGAAUAUAUGGCUGUGAUUUCAGACAAAAAAGAAAUAAAAUAUUUCAAAAAUGUAAA